AUGUCGACGGUCCGGUUGGAGCCGCUGCUUCAUCAGUCUCGGCGGGAGAGCUUCAGGUUCAUCUUCCCCCACGAUCCCAGGAAGGCCGGGAAGUUAUCUCGCUUGGGUUACUGCCACAAGACGCCGGCGCUCUCGGGGUCCCCGGGAUGCCUCCACUGCCGGCAUAAUCCGCUCAGGGUGCGUCCGAUCAGGGCGGGCCUCACCGAGACCCCAAUUGCAGAAGCUGCCGACGCCGACAAUGCGGACGUGCUGUUCAAGAAGACGUUCCCGUUGACGAGGACGAAAACGGUAAGACCUACCCCGAACCUUCCGUUGCUUGCUGAUUUGGAUCAUCGCCGCCUGAAGUGAUCUUGAUGAAUCAGCGAAACAAGACUCUGCUACAGAUUAAUUUGUCUGUUGUUUUAGUUCAUUCGAUAACCUCGAGGUGCUUCGAUGUCGCAGGUGGAGGGUAAGGUCUCGGUGAGGUUGGAUAGAAAAGGUGACGACGGCGGAGGAAAAGGACGCUUGAUCGUGAGAUGCAACCUCGAAGGGAAGUGGAUUCUUCAUUGGGGUGUGACAUACAUUGACGAGGCGGGCAGGUAGACGCUCCUGUGUUCUCCCGCUCCUCAGACGGUCAAUUGAGGCUUUCCUUUUUCAUAGGAUCAGCCUUUUCGGAAUUGAAACUAUUAUUCUUGAGUAGUUUUCAGAAUGUUUCCAGAAUUGCUUCUUUCGUUCCUUAGCUGAUAUAGCUUGUUGUCUCAUCUGCAAACAACGGAUCAAUGCAACGAAGUAUUGCCGAUGUUGUAUGGUGAGUAUCACAGUUGGUGUUCACUUACUAAUACACCUUUCCAUUGUUUUCUAUGAUUUUUUUAGUGAAUGGGAUCAACCUCCUCUUGAUAUGAGACCCCCAGGUUCUAUUCCCAUCAAGGUAAUCCUUAGCUGAUCAUUCGAUUUUCUUUAAUUCCUUACAUACCUCAAUAUUACAUUUUUUUCUUUUUUUUGUUUAACUCAGGACUAUGCAAUUGAGACACCCUUGAAGAAAUCUUCAUCUGCUUCGGAAGGGGAGAUACUCCACGAACUACAGAUUGAUUUAAAGCCAAGUUUGUCUAUUUCAGCGAUUCAUUUUGUUCUGAAGGUCUGUUGUUUGCUCUCUUGUUGGCAAUAACCUUUUGGAUUAUUUCCCAUGUAACUUAUAGUUUAAAGUGAUCCUCUAUGACGUUGUCUGAUCAGGGCGAAUCAUUAAUACCCUGGCUACGGUACAUAAUGACUAAAUUUUUCCUUUGGUCUAGAUGUAAAUGUCAAUUCAUGUUCAUUCUCCUGGUCACCACAUGAUUGAGUUCUUUUUAUUCCUGGCGUCAAGCUACCCGUAUACACAAUAUUUAAUGUCUUAUAUUUUUUUUAAUACUUAAGCCAUAUCCCGUCUGGAAUAUAAUCAACGAUGUCAGCGGUAGUUAGGUGAUCAAUUGCAUCAUUCCUACAUCAUAUUUUUUUUGCAGAUUUUUUUACCAAGCUUUUUAUUACUGUGUAGGACGAGGAAACAGGAGCUUGGUAUCAGUAUAGGGGCAGAGACUUCAAAAUUCCUCUUCUCAUAUGUGAAGAUGAAGAGAUCAUUAGUGGAGAAAAAGGCUUCAGUAUUUGGCCAGGUCUUUUUUUAUAUGCCAGAUUUUUCUUUAUUUUUGUGUCGGUGCUUUCAUGGAUUCAGUCUCCGGUUACUUCUUCAUUUUUUGGUUGUGUCAUAUAAAUUUAAAUCCGUAUUUUUUUCUUAAUCAAUGUUUUGCUGCCACUCGUCAAUCCUGACUCAAAACCGCUGUGAAACAACAAAUUCAAAAAUCUAUUGGUUGUGGUAAGGUACCCGAAUCUAUCAUUGGGUUUUCAUACAGAAUAGUUAGCUUAUGUGAUGGAAUGCAUCCUUGCUUUUAAUUCUGGCACACUCAUGGAAAGACAUUCGAAUAUAUUGAGUUUCCAUCGGCAAUAGCUACCUUUUGUCAUGGAAUGGUUAUUUGCGAUCAGUUGUAGACGGAGGACCAUCAUUUUAGUUACUGCAGUUUCCUUCAAGAAGCAAAAGUAAAUAUAUGACCAGACUUUUUCUUUUGUAUUGCAGGGGCUUUUAGCCAGAUUUCUAGCAUACUUUUGAAAACUGAUGAGGCUACUACUAAUGUGGACGACAAAGAAAGAAGUGAAGUCAAACGAGAGAUUAGGCUUGUUGAAGAGUACAAUGAAGAGUUUCCAAUAGUGCAAGAGGAGACAGUUCAGAAUUACCUCACACUUUCUGUGAAAAAAAGUGAUGAAUUGGACAGAAAUGUCGUGCAUUUUGAUACUGAUAUACCCGGUAGUGUAGUCGUUCAUUGGGGAGUUUGCAGAGAUGAGAAUAGAAAUUGGGAAAUUCCAACACCACCACACCCUGCGGGUUCAAGAGUAUUCAGAGGGAAGGCUUUACAAACAUUACUACAGGUAUGCGAUUUCAAACGAAAGUAAUGACUUAUUAUUUGAUCGGCAAAGUAAUCAUACUAUUGUUCAUGUUGGAAUAGACACGGGUUUUACAAUUAUAUCAUACAAAGUUUUGAACGGUGAAAAAUGACAACCAAGAUGAGCUUCUUCUGUUCUCAUUUCAGUCCACUGUAUAUGAUGUGCCUCUGGUUGGGACAAUAUAAUGCCUAUUGGCAUACCAAAUAUGAGAUAAAUGUAGGUCUUCCAAUAUCGACUUUGAUUCUAUAUUUAGAUCGUCUGACAUACUUAUCACGUACAUUUGAUACCCACAACGCUCAUCUGCACAAUAAAACCUGGUUUCCUAGACGAGCCUGAAGCGAAGUGAAGUCUGUGGGGCAUCGCUCAUUGUCAUUGAGUGACAUAAGAAUGAAGGAUUUUUGUUACCGAGUUAGAAACGUAACCUGAACCAGGACCAUUUUUCAAAACGGGUUAAACCGUCCUGAGACAUCUGUUACUGAAGGAUAAUAAACUUGUUGUAUUGGCAAAGCUAUAUCAAUCUGUUCUUGAUAAUAUUGGGCUAUGUAGAUUCGAGAAGUGUCCUUGGGGCUGAUUGAACAGGCAGUGGUCAUUGGUAGGGUAGAUGCAAAACGAAGGUGUGUAGGCAAUAUAACGAGGAUAAAAAGCAGUACUGGGUUACAAAGAAGUAGGAGCUCAUACAAUGUUACUGUAAAUCCCAUGCUUCCAGCUAUCAUGUCUCACAUGAAAUCAUACUAGGGAAUGGAAUAAGAUGGUGAAAUAAUACAAUUGAAGAAGAAAGUAUGGAUUUUAUUUAUGGGCAGAGAUCAAAUAAGGGUCUUCCCAAGAAAAAUAAAAAAGAUCACACACUUUAAAAGUGGCCACAUAUUCAUGGACUUACUUGGAGGAACGAAGAUGAGAAGAGGUAAAAUUAAAUUAUUGCGCCAUUUUUCUUAUACCAGAAAGAGCAGCAAUAGAGGUGGUGACAAGUAAUUGGCAAUAGUGAAUAUUGUGUUGUAUAAUAUCAUAGGAUGAGCAUAAAAUCUGUAGUUAUUAAAGAAUCUCUAUUAAUUCAUUACUUAGAAAAGCUUCUAAUCCCACGUCUACAGCUCAUAAACAAGGAAUCGAGGAUGGAGUGUUAGCAUGCCUAUUCAUUAGAAUCGUACCACACUUGUGUGGAUGUGUAGAUCUUCACCAUUCAUUGUCAAUUGGCUUUGGGGUUGAUAGAUUAAAUUCUAGCAUGAUACCAAAGGUCUAGGUUAUGCUGUCAUGUUGUAUGCACCAAAUUUAUACUAUCCACGUUGUAAAGACUUAAAAUUUAGGUUUCUAAUGAGGCUACUCGUUAGAAUCAUUCUACAUUACUUAGUUAUAAGAUCCUGUGGCUAAAUAUGUGAGCCUCUUUGACUCAUUGUUAAUCAGUGUUGAGUGGGAUGCCAUUACACUACUAGCCUUUCAAAAUGACGUGUACGAGAUCAACACUAAAGAUGUCAAAUCGUUACUCAAGUGUUAUGCUUAGGCAUCAUUGUGUCCUUUACUUUAUGGGAUGUUGGGUUGCCUUUAAUGUUCCUUGCCUAGGAAGGCACAAGGAUGGUGUUCAGGAGCACUCAUCCCCAGACCACAAAAAAAUUGAGCUGACCGACCCCCAAUCUUGGCACUCCCUAGGCUCAAGUUGUUGCCCCCUUUGUUCCCUUGGUCUACUAAACCUCUUCCUGCCAGUACGAAUUCUCGUCAUUCCUUCCCUCACUCUCUCGUUCGUUGCAAGUCCCACCUCUGCGCCCAGCUAUUUUCUCAUCUCUAUUGUCUUUGCUUAUUUUGAAAUGAGUUUCCUUGUUCCCUCCCCACUCGUUAUAUGCCUCUCUCUCUCUCUCUCUCUCUCUCUCUCCCUGUGAGCACCCUCUUCCUCACUUUGUCCAUCUCUGUCUAUAAUAAUCUCUACGUCUUUGUAAUCUCACCCUUGCUCAUCACCACUACUUUUACUUAUAACCCUCAAUCUUUUGAUAAAUAUUGUUCAUGGUGUGAUUAUGCAUGUUGCUCUUCCAAUGUUUUAUGAUCCUUAUUCUCCAUCGCCCUCAACAGAGCAGACUUCUCGACUUUCCAUGUCUCCCUCCAUUUAUCAUCUUUUACUUUGCCUUACUUUCCUAAAGAUAAAAAGAAUAUGUCUCACUUGUUGUCCUCUCUCACGUCUCCCUUUUAUCUCCUUCAUAUUUAAUUGCCUACAAUUUUGAAAAAAGUUUUCCAAGAGUAAUAAAAAAUUGUGAUGCUUUUGGUAUCACUAAAGUGCUAUGGUGACGUAGUUAUGCAGUGGGUCAGUCUCCAUGCUUCUUUGGCAGCUAUAUGGAAAAUUGGUUUGAAGGGUUUGCGUCCAAACUGGCAGACUCUAAUCGAUCAUAUUUCACACCAGCAGACAAAUUCUUGACAAGUUAUUGUUCUAGAAGACAAUCCAUCUUUAAAAAUUUAGAGGACGGAAAGAUUUUGUGAAGGCCCAUGAAAAAGGUUAACGUAGAACAGGAUUAUUUAUCUGACUAGAUUGAGCCAGAAGCUAAUUGAUUGGAUGAUGGAUUGUCUAUCUGCAGUUGAGUUUUCUUUGUUAAUAGGUGCGCAUAUUUGUUGCUUUUCUGGCGCUCUUGUGGAUUGAGCCCAUGAUAUUUUUCUUUGGAUCGUGUUCAGCCUUGACGAGGAAAGUGCUAUGUUAUAUGAUGAGAAAAGGAAGAUUGUAUUGCUUGAUCGGUGGAUUAGAGUGGAGGGAAUCAUUCAUGCCUCGUGAAAGUAGACAUACGACAAACCAUCAGGAAGUAAAUGAAUGAAACUUAAGUUGGCAGCUUUCAAAAGGUUGCUUCUGCUGAUAUUGGAGCAUGCUUCACGAUUAACCCUGAGAAGAAACUGCAUUCGUGCACGGUUAUGUUCAUGUUCUUUAGCAUUAUGCAAAGCUAGAAGUUCUAAGGUACGGAUUUUCCUACAAACACAUGGGAAAAGUGCAUUCUUUGAAUGCAUAGCCUUAAGGUUAGAAUAGUUGAUUAGCAAGAUUUGAACGAAAGAAGGAAAAAAUCCAGAUUUCUUCUGGUUAAAGACGAAUUUUCUCCUCUUUUUUUUCUUAACUAUAGCAAGCUGGAAUCUUUCCUUAUUUAGAGUGGUAAUGCAGUGUAGAAGCUGUAGCUUCUGUAGUGAUUGUGCAGCAGUUAGACUCGGGAGACAUUCAACUGAUUAAUCUCUUCAUCGUUAAGAUUACUUUAAUUAUUGGCCAACCUUUUACUAUAUGAACAGAAGCCUCGGCUAGUAUUACAGAUAGAUCUUCUCUAUUCUGAAGAACAUCUGUCUUGAAAGGAUGUGUUCUCACGCCACCAGUCAUUCCAAAAUAAAGUCCUCUGUCAUUAUUGAGACAAAUCUUCCCCACCCUGUUAGAUAAUUCUUAUCUAUAAUACAUUCUUACUUAUCAGCCACUGAUGCUGCGAUACAACAUAUGUAUAUAUCAGUUUCAUGUUCCUUCUAUCUGUUUGUUUACUACGUCAAGCUUCAAUUUAUGAUAAUAAUAUGCUAAACAAUUAUUCAUUAUGCUACUUUUUUCAUUGUAUAUAUCAUUUUAGCAUCAACCACAUUGAUACUGAAAUUUUAAAGCAUGCCUCGUUGGGUUUUCUUGUUUUGUGUCUUGAUUUCACCAUAACUUUUAGUGAUUAGAUAUUUGAUUUAUUUCUCAUUUAUUAAACCUUCACAACAGCCUAAAGCAAAUGGGAGCGGAAAUUCAGGAGAUUUUCCAGUGGACAAGGAGUUUUCAGGUUUGCAUUUUGUUCUCAAGCUUAGUGAGUACACUUGGUUGAAUGAUGUAGGCGAUGACUUCUACAUCCCUCUUAUAAGUGAAAGCAGUCAGGCUAAGACUAAACAUACUGAACUGGUAAUGAUGGAGCCACAAGUCACGAGUCCUGCUGAAGAGGAAUUACUUAAAGAAGUGGUUCAUUCUGAAUCUCAGUCAACUUUAUCAACAGAUGUUGAGAUGAGCCAAGACGUAGAAGCUGUUUCUUACACUGAUGACAUUAUCAGUGAGAUAAGGAACUUGGUAACUGACAUAUCUGCUGAGAAAGGUAAUAUAACAAAAAGUAAAGAAACACAGGAGAACAUUCUUCAAGAAAUUGAGAAAUUGGCAGCUGAAGCCUAUGGCAUUUUUAGAAGCUCAAUUCCGGUGUUCGUCGAGGAACCUGUUUCUGAUGAGGAACUAUUGAAGCCUCCAGUACAAAUAUCUUCAGGAACAGGGACAGGUUAUGAAAUACUUCUUCAGGGAUUUAACUGGGAAUCUCAUAGAUCUGGAAAAUGGUACGCUGAGCUCUAUGCAAAAGCUGACGAGAUGGCCUCAAUGGGCUUCACCACAAUAUGGUUACCCCCUCCGACGGAAUCUGUAUCACCUGAAGGCUACAUGCCGAAGGAUUUAUACAACUUGAAUUCAAGGUAUGCAAAUAGUUUGUUUUGUUUCCGUCAUGUUUGUCAUACUGAUGUUAGAAGGAAAACUGAUGUAGGAAAGCUCUAUAUGAAGUUUAUUUUAUUCCUUUUCAAUUACUGAAAAAAUAUCAUCUUUAUAUAUUUGUUUUUUCACAUUCAGGUUUUCAUAUUUUCUUGAGAUGUCAUGAGAUCUGACCAUUUAUCUAACUAUGGAAACUGUGCCUAUGCCAGAAAAGGUUUCCAGUGUUUCUUUAAGAUUCGUGUUUUGUUUGAAUUUAUGUUGCCAGUUACCAAUAUGACUUCAAUGCUGCAAAAUAUCUCGUUUUUCUUUGAGGUAGGAUGCGAGGUAGAUCAAGGAAACAUACGAAAUUGCAGAAAAUUUUAAAAGAAGAAUAACAGCAAGAAUGGGAAGCAUGGUCUGUUCAUCGUUGUGCUUAGCAUGGAAGAAAGCAAAAAGGCUUAGUAUUAUUCUGUUGAAAACAAUUCUUGGUUCAAUUCAGCAACUUCUCUGAGAAAGGGAACCUUUCUGCCACCAGUUGUGGGGUGUUUCGCUCGAAUUAUGAAAUGAAGAGACCCACCGUACUCUCUUUAAGGAAAGUGACGAGAGGACUUCUUUGGACCUGCUAGAAUGUAGUCACUGAGAAGAUGAUCUCGUCACAUAGAUAAUAUUAACAUUAUAAGUGGUGGCAAACCAUUUCGCUGAGGAUCAAACUGGGAUCCUGGUCAACACCCUUUUCACAACUCAAAUAAGAAAAAUGAUGCAGCUGGGUUGUGCUAGGCUAAAGGUAAGUUUAUUACAGUAGUUAUAGUUCAUUGAGUGACACCUGUUUUGAAGGGCUCCCAGACUAUUGUACUUGGAACCGAAUGUGUCUCUUCGGUUUUUAUUUUUACGGAUUUUUCCAAUCAGAACCUUUCUAUAUGUUUGUGUCUGCGUGUGUUUUUGUGUGUGUUUGUGUGUGCUAUAUGAACCCACAAAGUCGGGACGACUUCCAGGCUAAAUAGUCUGGAAUUAAAUGAAAAGAAAACAAUUGAUCUGUUGGUUCAGCCAGUUCCAGAUGGCCUGACUUGGUCCAGCUGGCUUGCUAGAGAAUGUGCUAGAGGGGUUAUUCAAUCCUGAUCUCAUGAGAUUGGACCUGGGCCAAAUGGACGCAUGACCUGAUUUAAGAUUCCAUGCUCCAACCUAGAGGAAUAAGAAGAAUAAAUUCAUUGUUCCCUGUGACCUCAAGAUCAUUUAGGGCUGAGCUGAGCAAAGAUUGGCCUUUCAACUUCAGCUCAUGCAACCUCAGGUGGAAAUGGCAAUAGCAUUGAAGGUGGCAAUAAUAUUUCCAAAUUAAUAGGUAAACUGAUGUUUCAACUGCCGAGGAAGACAGAAGGAACCGUGGGGUCUGAACUUGGAAACCUGUUCUGUUAACCUGAGAAGAGGGAAGAGUCCCCUAGUUGCCUGGAGUUCUUCCCUGUUGUCAAGACUCAGGAAACAACAAGGCGCUAUUGGUGGAAGACAUGCUAGAAAAGGGACCAAAGAGACAAUCUAAGAUGGCUCACGAGUGUGGUGGGAGGGGCUGCUGAGUGGGUUCGGUAAUAUUAAUACAGGUCAGAAGCCUCAGUAAGGUCAGUUUUCUAAUCUUACAUCAUGACUAGUGCCAUACAUUGGAUAACUUGAGAUUCUAUCAUUGGACAAUCUGAUGGAUAUUAAUUCAGAAGGAAGAGGAAGGGAGCAAGAACCUGCUAUUCGUCUUUAGAAACAGUCUUCAAGGUUCAGAGGGAAGCUGCUGCAGAUAAGAUCAUCCCAAGUCUUAACUGAGGAAGCUUUCCCCUUUUUAUUAUUUACCCAGAUUUAAGCCUAUGAUAGGUCAGAUUGGUCUAUCCAGUUUGUCCUAACACUUUAUAUCGGCUGUACAAUAUCUGGUUCUGGCGUUGUAAAUUUGUUGGCAUUUACUUUUAUCUUUCUGAAUAGAAAACAUGGGUUAUGGGAAUUCUGACACAAUAAGUUUUCCAACUUGUUGUCUCUUAAAUGUAGGAUCUAAAUGUUUUUUAGAAAUAAACGGCAAGAUGAUUUUUUUAAAAUAAUCCAUACGCAUACAGAACAGAGUGCACUAUACGUACAAGCUUUUUGAAUAAAUGUGUUUUAUCUUAGAUAUUUUUCUUUUAUAACACCACCUCCGUCCCAUGGCUCAUACUUCAUAAUAUUCAUAUACAUAAACAUAUAUAGACAGAUAGAUAAAACGGCGUGAGUUUUGACCUUUUUUGUCCAGGGGGAAUGCUGAUUAUAACAACUAUUCUCGUUCAUAAAUUAUGUCCAAUCUAAUUAUUGUUUCUGUUACAGAAACAUGUAAAUAUCAGAGGUGAAUUUUUAUGCUAUGAUAAUUUAGGAUUAUAUAUUUUGACUAUUUUUUGGUCCUAGGAUUUCUGUCAUUUGCUGUAUUCCAAUGGCUCGGUGAUUUCUUGUUUAAACUUGUUGACCAAUUCUUUAUUAGUCUUUCUGUAGCAUUGUUGUGAAGAAAUGCUUAAAAUGCAGAAGGAUAGACUUCUCACGUAUACAGUGCUGGAAAAGAGAAUGAGAAAUGCUGGCUUGAGAAAAUACACUUAAUACGGUUGUGUGUAAAGUAAUGUAGGUUGGGUCAUUCUAAAUCUGAAUUUUCUUGCGAUGUAGAUACAGGUCAUUCAUAUUGACUUCUUGCUAUGGUAUAUACCAGAUACGGAAGUAUGGAAGAGCUGAAGAGCCUUGUGAAGAAGUUCCAUGAAGUGGGCAUUAGAGUUCUUGGCGAUGUUGUCUUAAAUCAUCGGUGUGCUCAUGCGAAGAAUGCAAAUGGCAUUUGGAAUAUAUUUGGUGGUCGUUUGGCCUGGGAUGAUCGUGCUGUUGUGUCAGAUGAUCCUCAUUUUCAGGUAUUUUUUUUAUCAUGGUUUGUGCAGACAGCGCUGGCAUACUUCUUUCUAUUUAAGUCCUCAAAAAAAAAGUAUGUCAACCAUGAUACAAUAGUUUCUCAAAUUAGCUGAAAAGACAUUUUUCGUUAGCUACUGUCUGAAGUUUGCAGAAUCAUUUCGUUCUAUUCUUGUAAUUUUUUUCCGAGCAUUCUUCAGAUACGUCUACAACCUAUGCAGCUGUGGUCAUGUCUGUCAUGCUUUUAUAAAAUACUAGAGAUUGGUUUCCACCAGGGUUAGCAUCUUUUUUUCGACUUUUUAGUAAAAAAACAAAUUAGUUAUUUGUCCUUCUCUAAUGUGGCUUUUAAGUGAGCUUCUUAAUCCAGAGAGCUCACAGAUUAUCGUUUUUUCUGUUGGGAGUCUGCAACAGACAUGUGCGUCUGGUGUUACUUAUCCUUAUUCUUGGCUUAGAAAAUAUCAUAUGAUCUCUCUGUCUCUCCCAUCUCUUUUGUGUGUGCCUUCGGCAUUUUUUAUCUGUUGUUUACAAAAGCUUUUAUGCUCUCCAGGGCAGGGGAAACAAGAGCAGUGGAGAUAAUUUUCAUGCUGCUCCAAACAUUGACCAUUCGCAGGAAUUUGUGAGGAAGGAUCUGAAAGAAUGGCUUCUCUGGCUAAGGUUCAAAAUGACUCCUUAAAGUUUCAUACUUUUCUUGGUAGAAUUUCAUGAUGUUUAGAAUUUCAUUAGACACAUUUCUAAUGCAUUUUAUUCCCGUCUUUCUUUACCUGAUUGAAAAUGCAAAAAAGUGUCUUGAUGAGGUUCACACUAUUAUUUGGUGACAUUUUAGUUUCAUUUCAAGCUUCCCGUCUAGUUUGUCUGUACACGAAGAGGAGUGUGAUGGCAUUUUUAUUUUAUUUACUUUUCCAACUAUUCGUUCAUGAGUCAACAAGCAAACCCGUUAGUGUCUGCAUAUAUUUGUCUCGCCAGAGAUAAAGAAUUUUAGGAUACGAUCCUGACAAUCAAGAAAAGGAUCAGGGGAAACAGUUGAUUGAAUAAUAGGAAUCUUUCCCUGACCAGGAGCCGUAUAUCUGUUUGAACUUGUCUGUGGACAUUAAUGUGUCAUGUAUAUGUUCUUCAUAGCUUUAAUUUUCCACGUGGUUCUGCCUAAGAAAGUGAAAAUUGUAUCUCUAAACCUGCAUUUCGUAGGAAUGAGAGAAAUUGGUUUGCAGGUACUCCACGCAUACAUUGACAAUGGUGGAACCAUUGUUUUCAAUUUAGAACGGUGUAGACCUCGCAGGUGCAGCAUCUAUUCCAGUUUAAUUGUACUGAAAAUUUAGCAUUGUUCAAGAACUCCUGUUUGAUGCGUGCCCUGGCUUUGUUUUUGAUAAAAAUCUGCUCUUAAGCGAAGAACAUCAUGGUGUCCGAUCAGUAGUUCACUCUUCUUGAUAGAUUAAAAACCAAUAGGACUCUAAUUCAGUUUACUUCUCUAACCCUUCAUCAUCUUCUUCUUCUUCUUCUUCUUCUUGCUAUUAGUUUAAUGAAUGAUAUUCGGUGUGUUCGUGAACUUUUGUUUAUCAGACAGUUUCAUGUCAUCCUUUUAACAUAUAUCGUGUCUCUUGCUUUAUCAAUACGGUUUGAGAUUUCGAAGUUCCAUUUUCACUGUGUAAUAUAUCCAUUUCAAUGUGCAUUGUUCAGGGAAGAAAUUGGAUACGAUGGUUGGAGAUUAGAUUUUGUCAGGGGCUUCUGGGGUGGCUAUGUUAAAGACUACCUUGAAGCAAGUGAACCGUAUUUUGCUGUGGGUGAAUACUGGGACUCCCUUAGUUACACAUAUGGUCAGAUGGACUACAGUCAAGAUGCACACAGGCAAAGAAUUAUUGAUUGGAUAAAUGCCACCGGUGGAAACGCUAGUGCAUUCGAUGUGACUACUAAAGGGAUCCUUCAUGCUGUAAGAUUUCUUGUUUCUUUAUUCAAAAGUGUGAGCUUUUUCCCUUCGUUGUAGAAACUUAUAUUGUGUUACUCUUGCCUUGUUGUUUAUUUGGUUGACGGCUCAGUGCGAUGCUAUGCUUUAUCUUUUUAUCAAAAUGUUCCUUAUAAUUAAUCCACCCCCCACCCUUAAGGGAAAAAAUAAAAGGUGAAAGAGCAUAACGUGAAUUGGCAUAUUCUGCAGGCCAUUCAGAUACUAAAUUUUGCUUUAGUGGCAUAUCUCGUACACGCCUAAAAUACAUCUUCUCUCUCGUAGGCAUUGGAAAAAUGUGAAUAUUGGAGAAUGUCAGACGAAAAGGGAAAGCCACCCGGUGUGAUGGGAUGGUGGCCGUCCCGUGCUGUUACAUUUAUAGAGAACCACGACACUGGUUCUACUCAGGUGUGCAAACCGCUAUCUAUUUAUUUUUCAAUAUUUAUGCUCGUUUUCCUCUCCCUUGAGUUUGGUGAGAAUCUGAGAAGCCUUUCAUUGGGCUAUUUUGAUUGUGAGUUUUUUCUGGCAUGCUUGGCAUUUUUGGCAUUUUCUAUCGUUGGCAGUUCUCCAUAUCUCCAUUACCGUAAUAUGAAUCAGGUAAUAUCUGAUGGGGGUUCCCAGAUUACUUGCCUCUAAAAAGGACACGCUGGAUUGUGCUCUGUUAAUAUCCCGACACAUAUUUCCCUUCAAGGAAAUAAAAGGCAUUCACCAUUUUGCCUUUUUAUCCAGAACCGGGAUGCGAAUUCACUCUUUUGCCUUUUUUAUCUUGGAUUCUCAAAAGAAAAAUCCCUGAUUUUCUCAUUCACAUCUCCGAGGUGAUGCAUAUUUUUUGACCUUCCUGGUGAAUUUCUGAUCUGCAUUACUUUUUUAUAUAUUUUUUAUGGUUUUAAAAAAUAACCAAUGGGGUGGAUAUAUCUUCUUACGCUGAGCACAACCAUGCCGAUCAUUCCAUAUAAUAAGCCUACCUGAUUGAUGAUGAGGAAUGGGGCUCCCAUAAACUGGGGGGGUAAGCUAACCUGAGACUGUUGUCAAGUAUUCCAGAAUGUGGGGGUGCCUUUCCUUUUAGAUUGUUUAAGGUUCUGCAGUGGUACCUCCCAAGGUUCUCCGGCUAUGGAGGAUUCUUGUGUCCAUGGCGGGUCUGCUAGGAGAGGAGGGAGAGGAAGCUGACGCGUGUCGUGUGCUUGUAGAGGGCAGUCUAAGGUGCUGAUUCCACGUGGUUAUCUUGUUGUUCUGCAGGGGCAUUGGAGAUUCCCCUCGGGGAAGGAGAUGCAGGGUUACGCGUACAUCCUGACUCAUUCGGGGACGCCGACGGUCUUCUACGACCAUAUCGCCUCCCACUACCAGCGGGAGAUCGCGGCGUUGAUUUCGCUGAGGAACAGGAACAAGAUCCACUGCCGGAGCACGGUAUGCGUUCCUUCCCUUCCCCGAUGGGGUGUCUUUCAAGAACCCACCCCAGCGCAGAACCGCCCGUUAGGAUUUCCUAGCUUCAAAGAGAGGGAGAAUCCUGAGACAAGGACAUGGGCAUGGAUUAAACCCAUAGCUUCAGAGAAGAGCCUCGUCAAGACUUUCACCUAAUGCCACCGUCAUCAUGGUUCUUUUAGCUCGCCUGCUUUCAUGCCCUAUGAGCCCACUCCCUUGGCCCCUUUUUUUGGAGAGGUAUGUAUAGAGAGAGAGAGAGAGAGAGAGAGAGAGAGAGAAUCCUAGGACAUCCGAAUGAUUCCUGGCUUCAGAGAAAAUCCUCGUCAAACUUUCACCUAAUUCCAUCGUCAUCGUGGUUCUUUUAGCUCUCCUGCUUUCAUGCCCUAUGAGGCCACUCCCUCCUUGGCCCCUUUUAUUUGGGAGAGGUAGAGAGAGAGAGAGAGAGAGAGAGAAAUGGGCAUGAUUUCCUAGCUUCAGAGAAAAUGCUUAUGAAGCCCUACACCUAAUUCCAUCAUCACCACCAUCAUGGGUCUGUUAGCUCUCCUGCUUUCAUUUUCAUGCCCAAUGUCCUCAGCAGCCCCCUUGGCCCCUUUUUUUUGGGGCUAGGGCAUGAACGACGCUUACUAGCUCCAGAGAAAAUUUUCGCCAAUCAUGGGUCUUCUAGUUCUCCUGCAUCUAAUCCUGUGUCGCUGGGCUCUACAGGUGAAGAUAAAGAAGGCCGAGAGGGACGUCUACGCGGCCGAGAUCGACGAGCGAGUGGUGAUGAAGAUCGGGCCCGGGUACUACGAGCCGGAGGGCCCCCGUAGCUGGUCCGUGGCCGCGGAAGGUGCAGAGUACAAGGUCUGGGAGGCCAUUUGA